UGAUAAACAAUACAGUAUAUUUUUCAGAUUAUAAUUUGUUAAACCUCUGCAAAUAUGAGAAACUAUAAAUACUUUCCGUUUCAAAAAUUCCUCUCCGAAUGUCUAGGAACUGCUGUGUUAGUGCUGGUUGCGAAAGGUGCAGCAAUUGCUUUAGCGAGUGAGCAUGGAGAUGGAGCUUCAAAAAGUUUGCCAGGAUGUUUAUCUGGUGGUUUAGGAGUUAUGAUGGGUAUACUGGUUUCAGGCAAAAUCAGUGGGGGACAUAUCAACCCCGCAGUAUCAGUAACCAUGGCGGUUGGACGUCGUCUUCCUUGGGCUGAGCUGCCAGCAUAUUUAUUAGGACAGAUACUUGGUGCCGGGGUAGGAGCUGCUCUUGUUAUUGGAAUAUAUAUUGAUACUCUCUCUUUCUCAGAUACUACUGAUGAACUUGCCAAGGUGCAUUCUAGUGUUUUGGCCAGUAGUCCGGGACUAGCACAGUCUAUAAUUGCACUAGUUUUAGAUCAAUUCAUUGCCACAUACCUCCUUCUUCUCUGUAUUUUAGCAGUUGUGGAACAAGGCCACAGUCCUGGGGGCCUUCUUGUAGGACUCUCUGCAACUGCAAUAGGUCUGGGAUUUGGAAGAAAUGCAGGGGCUGCUGUUAAUCCAGCUGUAGAUGCUGUUCCUAGACUGGUUGGGUGGCUUUUUAGUGGAAAGACACCAAACACUGGUUUUUGGUUAAUACCCCUUCUUGCUCCAAGCUUCGGUGGCAUUGCAGCUUUCUAUACAUACAGACUUGUAAUUGGAUUGAAAGAAGAUGUAAAGGUAGAAGACGUUGAGGAUAAAGAGAUAAAUGAAGAAGCUAAGCUUACUGCCAUAAAGUCUUCAUAAACAUUAAUUUGACAUAAAAUGAUUUUAGUAAACAAAGGAACUGUUUGGUUCUACUCUACAACAAUCUCAAACUUAAUUUAAAAAGUUUUAACCUCAAAAGUUCUACAAAUGUGCUGAGGAAAAGUGUGAAAAUUAAGUUUAUUUUCAGUGGAAGAUACAAAAUAGAACUCUUCAUUGGUACUUAGUUAAACAUAUUUUUUGUUUAGUGUAAAUAUAUGUAUUUUGUAAUUAAAACAUGUCCAAAGACAAAUUAAGUUUCUUCGCAAAUCACAAUUCAUAUUGGAAUUAAAAUAAAAUGCUUCACAUAGUUCUAUCUCUUAUCUUGGUGAAUUAAUAAACCAACUUUAGCUUUCUGUGUGUUUUUGAUUAAUAUUUUUUCUACUUUGUUUAAUGCAUGCAUUGUUCACUAUAAAGAUAUAAAAAACGUUAGUCCAAAUGUUUAAUCUUUAAGUAUCCCUAUGGUUGAAUCUACUGUUUUUCUUUUUUAUUUAUAAUAAAGAUUAAUAAAAUAUA